GGCUGCUGCAUGAGAGCAGUGGGGCUCGACGGCGCCGCUGCCCGGCUUCCAUGGCCACGCACGGGAAGCUGCGUCGGGAGCGGGGGCCGCAGGCCGAGUAUGAGACGCAAGUAAAAGAGAUGCGCUGGCAGCUGAGUGAGCAAUUGCGCUGCCUGGAGCUGCAGGGUGAGCUGCGGCGGGAGCUGCUACAGGAGCUGGCUGAGUUCAUGCGGCGCCGUGCCGAGGUGGAGCUGGAGUACUCCCGAGGCCUGGAAAAGCUGGCAGAGCGCUUCUCCAGCAGAGGAGGACGCCUGGGGGGCAGCCGGGAGCACCAAAGCUUCCGAAAGGAGCCUUCUCUCCUGUCGUCCUUGCACUGCUGGGCUGUGUUGCUGCAACAGACACGGCAGCAGAGCCGGGACAGCGCAGCCCUCAGUGAGGUGCUGGCCGGGCCCUUGGCCCAGCGCCUGAGUCACAUUGCGGAGGAUGUGGGGCGCAUAGUCAAGAAGAGUAAGGAUCUGGAGCAGCAGCUGCAGGAGGAGCUCCUGGAGGUGGUGUCAGAGCUUCAGACGGCCAAGAAGACGUACCAGGUAUACCACACAGAGAGCAUGAAUGCCGAGGCCAAGCUCCGGGAAGCUGAGCGGCAGGAGGAGAAGCGGGCCGGUCGGAGUGCUGCUGCUGCUGCCACAGCCACCGCCAGCACGGAGGCGGGGCCCCUCCGCAAGACCUCCCUCAAGAAGGGAUCACGGCUGGUGGAGAAGCGUCAGGCCAAGUUCUUGGAGCACAAACUCAAGUGUACGAAGGCGCGCAAUGAGUAUCUGCUCAGCCUGGCCAGUGUCAACGCUGCCGUCAGCAACUACUAUUUGCAUGAUGUCUUGGACCUCAUGGACUGCUGUGACACCGGGUUCCACUUGGCCUUGGGGCAGGUUUUCCGGAGUUACACAGCUGCCGAGAGCCGCACCCAAGCCUCCCAAAUGCAGGGCCUGGGCAGCCUGGAAGAGGCAGUGGAGGCCCUAGAUCCUCCAGGAGACAAGGCCAAGGUGCUGGAGGUGCAUGCAGUUGCCUUCUGUCCCCCGCUUCGUUUUGACUACCAGCCCCACGAAGGCGAUGAGGUGGCUGACAUCCGGGUCGAGGUGGAGCUGCGGGACGAGAUUCUACCCAGAGCCCAGAAUAUCCAGAGCCGCCUAGACCGACAGACAAUAGAGACAGAGGAGGUGAACAAGACACUGAAGGCUACACUGCAGGCCCUGCUGGAGGUGAUGGCACUGGAAGAUGGGGAAGUGGUCGACUCUUUCCAGGCCAGUCCCUCCACUGAGUCCCUCAAGUCCACCAACUCGGACCCAGGUGCUCGGCAGGCUGGCCGCAGGAGGGGCCAGCAGCAGGAGACUGAGACCUUCUACAUCACGAAGCUACAGGAGUAUCUGAGUGGACGGAGCAUCCUCGCCAAGCUGCAGGCCAAGCAUGAGAAACUGCAGGAGGCCAUUCAGCGAGGUGACAAGGAGGAACAGGAGGUGUCAUGGGCCCAGUACACACAGAGAAAAUUCCAGAAGAGCCGCCAUGCCCGCCCCAGCUCCCAGUAUAACCAGAAACUCUUCGGGGGAGACAUGGAGAAGUUUAUCCAGAGCUCAGGCCAGCCCGUGCCCCUGGUGGUGGAGAGCUGUAUCCGCUUCAUCAACCUCAACGGCCUACAGCAUGAGGGCAUCUUCCGAGUGUCGGGUGCUCAGCCCCGGAUCUCAGAGAUACGCGACGCUUUCGAAAGAGGGGAGGACCCACUGGUGGAAGGCUGCACAGCCCGUGACCUGGACUCGGUGGCGGGAGUGCUGAAGCUCUACUUUCGGAGCCUGGAUCCCCCACUCUUCUCCUCAGACCUGUUCACAGAGCUUCUGGCUUCUGCUGAGCUGGAGGCCAUGGAAGAGCGGGUGGAGCUUGUGAGCCGCCUUCUAGCACAGCUGCCGGGACCGGUGCUGGUGGUCCUGCGUUACCUCUUCACCUUCCUCAACCACCUGGCCCAGUAUAGUGAUGAGAACAUGAUGGACCCGUACAACCUGGCCGUAUGCUUUGGGCCGACACUGCUGCCCGUGCCUGCUGGGCAGGACCCUGUGGCCUUGCAGGCCCGGGUGAACCAGCUGGUGCAGACGCUCAUCGUGCAGCCUGCUCGGGUUUUCCCGUCCCUGACCCUGCUGCCAGGCCCUGUCUACGAGAAGUGCAUGGCGCCGCCUUCUGCCAGCUGCCUGGGGGACACCCAGGUGGAGGGCCUGGCAGGGGACAAUGAGCCGGAGCUGGAAGCUGGGACCCUGGCCCAGGAAGAUGGUGAGGGUAUUGAGAAGGAGGACCCCACCCUGUCCCCACCCUGGAUGCCCACUUCACCCCUCCCACUGAGAUCCUCUCUUCUUCCAGUCCUAGAGGGCGUUGUGGAGGCCAUGGCCUGCUUUGCCUACACAGGCCGCACAGCCAAGGAGCUAAGCUUCCAGCGUGGGGAUGUGCUGCGGCUACAUGAGCGGGCCUCCAGCGACUGGUGGUGGGGCGAGUGCGCUGGCAACCGGGGACUCAUUCCCCACAAGUACAUCACGUUGCCUGGGGGAGCAGAGAAGCCGUCAGUGGGCCAGGGGCUGCAGGCUGCAGGGGAGCUGGUGAGCAGUCCAGAGGGCCUCCUGGCCAUGGAGUUUUUCCAUCGGCCAGAGCCAUGCACCUCACCUGGGGGCCCUUCUGGGCACAGACGGCACUUCGUGGUCCCAACCUCCCCAGACCGACAUGUGGAGGUGGAUAAGGCUGUGGCACAGACCAUGGACUCGGUGUUUAAGGAGCUCUUGGGCAAAGCUGCUGUCCGUCAGGGCCUUGGGCCAGCAUCGACCAGCUCUCCUGGCCCCGGGCCCCGUAGCCCAAGGCUUCCAGGCUGCGGCCGCCUCGGCAAGCACAAAGGCUUCUCCCGCAGCCCUGGGGCCCCGACCUCACCCUCAACGUCCCACCCCCAGGGCCCAGACUCACCCCUCAAGCCACACUGAGGUGCUGCUGGCUCCUCAGCGGGCCCCCCACCCUAGGGGAUCACCAGCAAGACUCUACCCUUCCCAGGCCCUUUGCUUUUCCCUGCCUUGUCCAGCCCUGUCCAGCAAGCACUGAACACCUGCUCCUGACCCUCUGCAGAGAGAAGGACAUGGCCGGCCAAACAAGCCCCUGCCUGCCCUAGCCCUGGCUUGGGCCCUUUUAGGAGGCAGCCAAAGAGGGAGGCUGGGGGCAAGCCCCUACCUGGCUUUUCUGUGAGGGCUGUCGGGUGGUGUGUGCCCUUGCUCAGGGGAGCAUGCCUGUCAGUACCCAGGCCCGUCUCUGCUUCAGCCGAGGACGUGAGACUGGCAGGGUUUGGCAGCAUCCAUAAAGACUGACCCCCGACGUGAGCCAGUUCUCUUGUGUUGGUGGACUGGGCAGGUGGGUGCAGGGCCAACCCCCUGGCACCCCUACUGUUUGAGGCCUGAUGCCAGGGUGUUCAACAAAGGGGGAAGGUUGGGCAGCUGGAACAGCCUCUGCAGGCAGCGGGAGAGACUUGGCAUAGGGCCAUGUGGACUGGGGACUUGUACAUUUGAAG